UCCUUGCGCGAAGGCGGGCUAGACCCAGGGCCCAUCAAUGGGCGCUUGUACGAGCUCCACAACCUGUGCGAUCCGGUCAAGUCAAGUCUUUGUUUCCGUCGAUGAGAAACAUGAUCAAGUGUGGAGUAAAAGGCGGUUCAACUAAGGCGGUCCUACAUGGGCGGUCCAAACUCCAACGUCGCGGUCUCGACGAGUCUCGACUCGGAGUUGGAUUCACCGAAGCUGACAUAAUCAUAACCUCCUCACAAUCUUCCCAAUUUAGCACAUGCAGACGAGCUUGCCUCAAGGCUCGAACACGGUUGUUCGAUAGAGCGAGAAUCUACCCCACGUCUCAUGCAUAGAUACCAUUAGACUUUCUACCCGCAAUGCUUUAUUUACUGCCUACUACUCUUCGCUUCUGGCUCGGCUCACUACUUUGGCUCGACUUCUCUCAGCCACCUGCUGUCCUGCCAGCCCGCACCUCGUUGUCCUUCCAGCUGCGGCACGAGCACGCUAUAACUAAUGACUCCCGGGUGGUCUUCUCCAAUGUUGCGCCAUCGUUUGCCGCAGAUUCAUAUGUCACGACCACAUCGAACAUUCAAACGCACAAACCGCAAUCAGCCAAGGCAUUUCAUAGCGCUCGAUUACGCUCUAUCAGGUAUGACCAGAGCGAACAAGUAUUGUGGGAUACAACCAACGUCCUAGGGCCGAAUGUUGAAGAGAGAGAAACGCUCCUCACACUUGCGAAGAUGACCUCCAAUGCAUAUACGUCACCCACUGCAUCAGAUUGGUACACACCGAAUGGCUGGAAUAAGUCUACACCAUUUGGUUGGGAACCUGAUGCAGAUGGUAUUCGAGGGCACAUCUUUGUCUCAGACGACAACUCAACAGUAGUGCUUUCGAUCAAGGGUACUUCCGCUGGCUGGAUUACAGGCGGCGGUGGCCCAACUGUACGAAAGGAUAAACUCAACGAUAACCUUCUGUUUUCUUGUUGUUGUGCAAGAGUUGGUCCAACUUGGUACACGGUUUGCAAUUGCCACCAGGGUGGCUCUAAAUGUGACCAAGAAUGUCUGGAGAAGAGUUUGACGGAGGAGAGCUUAUAUUAUUCUGUCGGACUGUUUUCCGGCCUGAUUGCGCUGCAGAAUUUAUAUAAUAACGUCACAUAUCUGUAUCCCAAUGCCGAUAUCUGGCUCAUAGGACAUUCUCUCGGUGGCUCCCUCGCCUCCCUUAUCGCGCCCUCCGAGAAAUUAGCUGCGACGCGUUUACACCUGCCUUCUCCACCCUCGACACAACACAUCACCCACGUCUUCCACACAGCUGAUCCUAUCCCAAUGGGCACCUGUACCGGUAUUACCUCGUCUUGUGGCGUCGCAGGCUAUGCCAUGGAGACACGCUGCCAUUUGGGAAAGGUCAUCCGCUACGAUACUGUCACGCACCUUGGAUGGUCUGUCGAUGUGCGAACACACUCGAUUGUUCAUAUCAUUGAUAGAUUGUUGAGUGAGGACUGGACUCAGGAAGGGGACAGGACGGUCCCUGAGGCGAAAGCGGAUGGUGAAGAUUGUAUUGAUUGCUUCAACUGGGAGUUUGGGAGCUUUGAGGGUCAAAGUUAA